CCCCACCCUAUCGUAAGCAAGAAAUAAAUAUGGAAUCGUAUUCGUUUCGUUUUUCUUUCAUCUAAAUAUUCCGUCGUUGAUACUAAUUUGCUUAUGUAAACAAUAUCUUGUAUAAGUUUAUAUGUAAUUUGUUGUCGAUAGCUUAAUUUAAGUGUUAAAAUGAGUUCUAAAAAGGGAAGGCGUCAUGGAAACAAACAUUUUCCUAUAGCUGAAUCUGUGAGCAUAGCUCUGAAGAUUCAGUUGGAUAAGUUUAUUAGUGAUGAAAAUGAGACUGAACUUAAGUUUCCCACCUUCCUGUCAGCACAAGAGCGAGGAUUCAUCCACGAGACAGUUGCUAAACUCGGGCUGAAGUCGAAAUCGCGCGGGAAAGGUGUAAAUCGUUACAUAACAAUAUACAAAAGGAUUGGUUCAACAAUAAUACAGAAUGAUGCCAAACUUAUAUUGGAUUCAAAUAUGCGUUGUACCAUCAAAGAGUUGCUCAGUGCAUUCCCAGUCACUAGUAAGGAAAAAGAUGACCUUAGCAGCUGUCCCGAGAAGGAAAGAAGUCCACAGCUCACACAUAAGACCAUGGGACAGCUCAAUAAUGGAGUUGCACAGGUACCCAACACACAGUACAACCCAGACUUGAUGAAGUUCAGAGAGAAGUUACCAGUGUAUGAACAGAGGCAGGAACUCAUCAAUGCAAUUCUACAUAAUCAGGUGAUAAUAGUAGCGGGGGCGACAGGAUGCGGCAAGACGACCCAGCUCCCCCAGCUGGUGCUGGACCAGUGCCAGGAGCAGAAGCUGCCCGCGCGCAUCUACUGCACGCAGCCACGACGCAUCUCCGCCGUCGCCGUCGCUGAGAGGGUAGCGUAUGAGCGCAUGGAGAAGAUAGGCCAGUCCAUAGGUUACCAGAUCCGGCUGGAGUCCCGGGUCAGUCCCCGCACCGUGCUCACUUACUGCACCAACGGAGUACUGCUCCGGACACUCAUGGCUGGAGAUGCAUCGCUUACAGGCGUGACCCAUAUAUUUGUGGACGAGGUGCAUGAGCGAGAUAAGUUCAGCGAUUUCUUACUGAUCGCGCUCCGGGACGCGCUGCCCAGGUGCAAGGACCUCAAGCUUAUACUCAUGUCUGCGACUAUGGACACGCAAAUAUUCUCACGUUAUUUCAACAACUGCCCGGUGAUCACAAUCCCGGGUCGGUUACACGAGGUGCAGAGGUACUACCUGGAGGAUAUCCUCAAGAUCUCACAGUACAAGACUCCGAAGAUGGUGCAAGUUGAGAAGGAACUCAAGGCUAAGCUCAAGAGUGGCAACAGCUAUUGGUCUCACCUUGAAGGUCAGAAGCAAGAUGACGCAGGCAAUAGCAGUAAGGACGUGAAGGAAGACAAAGAGAACAUGAUCGAGCCGUCCUUACAGGCUGACAUGGACGAGUUUCUUGAUGAAUGCUUCAAUGAAGGCACACUGGACUCGUUCACGCAGAUCCUGUACAUGUACAUCUCGGAGGGAGUGUCCGUGCACUGCGCUCAUUCCGUGUCGCGACGCACCGGCCUCAUGGCCGCCGCCGCCAGGGGACUCGCAGAGACCAUCGCGCAGAUGCUGCAGAUCGGCGCGGACCCCACAGCAAAAGACAAAGAUGGCAAGACAGCGUACGACUACGCAGUAGAAAACAAUCACGCAGACUGCGCCAAACUGUUAUCCACAUUCAACUUAAGCGAGGACCCGAAAGGGAGCUUAGACGAUGAUAAUGCCGCGGACAACUUUCUUCUAGACGUGUACCAUCACACGAUAUCAGAGGAAUUGAUAGACCACGAUCUCAUGCUUGCCUUGAUUAAGUACAUCCAUGUAAAUCUACCUAAAGGGAGUAUCUUAGUCUUUUUGCCCGGAUACGAUGAUAUAGUUACAUUAAGAGACAUGAUACAAUCCUGCUCAGAGAUGAAUAGUCAUAAGUAUCAGAUUUUCACCCUGCAUAGUAACAUGCAGACUCUGGACCAGAAGAAAGUGUUUAAUCCACUACCGAACGCAAGGAAGAUUAUUAUAUCCACGAACAUCGCUGAGACGUCCAUUACCAUAGACGAUGUCGUCUACGUCGUGGAUUCGUGUAAGGUAAAGGAAAAGUAUUACGAGUCAGGCGGUGGGGUUUGUUCCCUGCAAUGCGUAUGGACUUCUCGCGCCGGGUGUCAGCAAAGAGCUGGUCGCGCAGGCAGGACUGCGCCAGGGAAGUGCUACCAUCUCUGCUCCCGACGGAGAUUCUCCACCCUCCCAUUAAACUCUGUCCCCGAAAUACUCCGCGUACCCUUACAAGAACUUUGUCUCCACACCAAACUCCUAGCCACUGGCAACACUCCCAUAGCAGACUUCCUAUCCAAAGCCCUAGAACCACCUUCCUUUUUAGCUGUUAGAAACGCUGUCUCUUUACUCAAGACUAUCGGUGCUUUAACCCCUAUGGAAGACCUUACAGAAAUAGGACAACAUCUUCUAGAUCUUACCGUGGAACCUAAACUAGGCAAAAUGUUACUGUACGCCUGUGUUAUGAAGUGCCUCGAUCCUAUUCUAACGAUAGUGUGUAGUUUGGCCAAUAAGGAACCCUUCCAAAUCUCAAUGAACCCUGAGAAUAGGAAGAAGGGGAGUAUGGCUCGGAAGGAAUUUGCAGCGGAUAGUUAUUCGGACCAUAUGGCCUUGUUAAGAGCGUUCCAAGCUUGGCAGACUGCCAGGGCAAACGGUACAGAACGUGCCUUCUGUGCUAAGAACUUAAUCUGUGGUGCUACUAUGGAGAUGAUCGUUGGAUAUCGCUCUCAGUUACUGGCUCAAUUAAGAGCUCUAUGUUUAGUGAAAGCGCGAGGCUCGGGAGAUAUAAAGGACGUCAAUCUCAACUCGGAAAAGUGGCACGUUGUUAAGGCUGUUUUAGUUAGCGGACUAUAUCCUUCAAUAGCGCGUGUUGAUAGAGACUCAUCCACUUUAAGAACGUCCAAAGAAGUAAAGGUAGCCUUCCAUCCUAGUUCUACAUUACACCAGGGCGGGGGCCUGACUGGGUCACAGAAGUCUGUGCACAACCUGCCCACAGACUGGGUGGUGUUUGAGGAGAUAUCAAGGGCUGGCAGGUUCUGUUUCAUUCGCUGUAACACUCUAGUGACACCAUUGACAGUAGCCUUGUUCGGUGGUCCCUUGCGGUUGCCAAAUUCUGCUCUGACACAACGAGCGAACCCGCCAGGACUGUCCAGUGACUCCGACAGUGAGGCGGAUGAGAACAACGCGUCUCCUGACGCGGCUGUGAUUACUAUCGACGACUGGAUGGCCUUCACAACUGAUGCUGCAGACGCUCUCAACGUGUUCUACCUCAGGCAGAAACUCUGUGCUUUAGUAAUACGUCGAAUGUCCAACCCUGCCAAACCCAUGACGCCCUUAGACGAACAGAUAUUAAGCACAGUAGUACAUGUAAUGGGCGCAGAAGAGAAGAACGUAGGUCUCAACCAGCCGAGCGGUAUAGGACAAAGACCAAAACCUCUGACAGUAGACUCACCCAACUGGCGGUCGAGACUGGAAAACGACGAGCAAUACCGACACGAUAACAAGAACUAUUACCCGCAGUAUAACCAGAAUGAAGGCGGAUAUCCCGGAGGGAACUUUUAUAAUAAUGCUUACGGAGGGUAUAGGAAUGGUCAGGGUCGGCCGGGGGGUUGGAGGAACGACGUGCCUCAGCCGUUUUCCCCUCAGUCGUACAGCGGGCCCAAGAGCCCGAUGUCGCCCAACGGCAAGACGUUGCUGGCCAACAUAGAGAAGUACGGCGAGGGCGGGGAGGGCAACGUGCGCUACUUCGUGGCCAAGGCGGACGACGCGCAUACUGUCGAGCUGGCACAGAACACUGGGACCUUCCCAUUCUCACAGAACACCGCCAAGAAACUGCAGAAAGUUAGACAGGAAGGAAGUCGCGUGAUAAUAUUCUUUUCGUGCGCGAGCGCAUUCAAGUUUGUGGGCUGCGCCGCCUUGCAAGAGGGCGGAGCGCUAGAGUGGAUCACUACAGGACAUGUGCCUUUCCACACCAUUCGCCACAUCGGCAACUCGCUAGCGGGCGGCGCGCGCGUGUGCACCAUGAGGGACGGCGCCGAGCUCUGUGCCGGCGCGGGCCGCGCCCUGCUCGGGGCGCACCAACGUCGGCGCCACCACGCGCCGCGCGCCAUACAGAAACACGGCGCCGACUGCGGCCCCACUCCGCACUAGUGGGCGCGGGGCGCACCAACGACGUCGCCA